CAGAUGACAGUUCUUUUCCCUGUAACACUUAAACAAAUAGGCUACUGAGGGACAAUGGCAUCGAAGUUAGCAGAAUACCGCAAGACUCAGGUCCUUAGAUCAGAAAAGCAGAUCAAGGAGGAGUUUGAGAAGCUUCACCGGUUUCUACGAGAGGAGGAGGCAGCCAGGAUAGCUGCACUGAGAGAGGAAGAGAUGUGUUCCGGAGCUCUGAUCAAUGAGGCGAAGCAUGUGGGCAACCUGAAGUUCAGAGUCUGGGAGAAGAUGCAGGGGAUUGUCCAAUACACUCCUGUCACUCUGGAUCCCAACACUGCAGCUGUUAAUCUCAUCCUGUCUGAGGAUCUGACCAGUGUGAGAGGUGGUGAUGAGAGACAGCAGCUUCCUGAAAAUCCAGAUAGAUUUGAUGGAAUUGCACGUGUCCUGGGCUCUCAGGGCUUUAGCUCGGGGAAGCACUGCUGGGAUGUGGAGGUUGGGGAGAGUAAUGACUGGACUGUGGGUGUGAUGAUCGAGUCUCUCCAGAGGAAGGGAAACUGGCCGUCUGUGAGUGGACGGUGGUGUGUGUAUUAUAGGGAUGGUCGGUAUAAAGCACAUGCCCCACCACAGUCCUCCACUCUCCUCACCGUGGAGCAGAGACCCCAGAGGAUCAGAGUGCAGCUGGACUGGGACAGAGGAAUGCUGUCCUUCACUAACCCUGAUAAUAACACACACAUACACACCUUUACACACACCUUCACUGAGAGAGUGUUUCCAUACUUCCGCACCAUUCCAGUCUUGAAGAUCUCACCAAUGAAAGUGAAAGUGACAAUUGAGCCCUAUGAGUCAAUCUGGUGUUAAAUGGUGUUAAAAUCAAAGGUCUAAUUUGUCUCCAGUUUUUCAUCAAGUCCAACGGUAUUGGAAAGUAACAUUUCUAUAGUUUUUCAUGACCUUACAUUUCUUUUUAA